GUUGAGGUUCUCCUGUGUGUCUGAACCACUGAUGCCCGUGUGAAUGGAGAGGUUCACCUCGCUCUAAGGAACUACAGCCGUUCUAACUAUCCGGUCUCGGAUACUAGCAGGCUCCUUCUGCUGGUGCUAUUUCUACUACUACUAGCGCCUACCUGCUGGAACUUAGUCUAAUCUUAGAAGGCGUGAUGAUCAUGGAUGGGGUGCGUGGGGUGAGCGGGGGGUCCAGCCCCCAUGUGCGUGGGGUGAGCGGGGGUCCAGCCCCCAUACAUCUCCCACGAAGCGAAGCUUCGAUGUGGCCUUCCUAACAGUGCUCGUGACCACAUCCUUGACCCCGAGGUGGCCACACCUGCUGCUAAAGUGAGCCGUAUGGGCGGCCUGAAGGUCACAUCGCCGCCAACGGCCACAGCAUCACCGCCCCUGCCGCCCUCGCCGCCCAGAGAGGAGGUCACAACAGGCAGCGCCUUCACGAAGGUCACUCGAUCUCAAGGUUCUUCGCCGCCUCACUUCAGCGCGGCGUCAGCUACUCUGGAAGCUCUUAGCUCCGCUUGGCCGCCAGUUUCCGCCUCUUUUAGCGCCGUUAGCUCGCUGUUGGGUAGCGGUAAGUCCCUGGCACCCCUGCUGGCAGCCCCUGGGUUGCUAAAUCCUGGGUUGGCACCCUUCCUGCCCCACGCUACCCCAGAUCGCCUCAACAACAACCUUGUUGAAGAAUACUUGAAGUCUCACCACCAGCUUAUCGAUUCCAAACACAGCGAUAUGUCUGCCAGCGAAGCGCUAUCCCGUCUGCGGUCAACUAUGUGUCCGACAGACCCUUACAAACUGCCGUUUACGUCCCUAACGUACCCGCUAUCUGCUCCGUCUGCCGCCGACGCUGCGAAACUCAGUGCCGCGUCGCCGUUCUUGUCGCAGCCGUCCGUGUCAGCGCUAAUGCCUCCGUCGCUGACGUCCUUCGGCCAGACGACGCAGAACGUGUGCGCCAAGUGCAACAUUUCUUUCCGCAUGACGUCGGAUCUAGUGUACCACAUGCGUUCCCAGCACAAGAGAGAGGCCGAUCCCUACAAGAAGCGUCGCAACGAGCGUCUGAAAUGCAACAUUUGCAACGAGAGUUUCAGGGAGAGGCAUCACUUGACACGCCACAUGAGUGCUCACCAGGAUCGUGACGAUGAUACCCAGACCAAGUGAAGGACCCAUACCCACUAGCCCAGCCACUCAGGGCUGCCCAUACUAGUCAGCCACCGAGGCUGCCCAUUCCAGCCACCCAGGGCUGCCCAUAAUUGCUAGUCCAGCCAUCCAGGGCUGCCCAUAAUUAGUAGUCCGGCUACCCAGGGUCACUGGCCCCUAACAUACACAAAGUGGGUUAUUUCUCAUACCUUCAACCCAAACGGCUAUAUUACACUAACAGUGAUUAAGUGUGACAAGAGCUGUGACAGUGACACAAGAACAGUGAUUGUGACAGGAGUAGUGAUAGUGAUACUGUUACAGUGAUUGGCUGUAAAAUGAGCAGUGAUCAUGUGAUACAAGAACAGUGAUUAGCUAAUGUCAAACCGGUGAUUAUCUUACACAUGGACAGUAAUUAGUUGAAUCUGAUUAGCCAGCUAAUGGAGUUUCAAGACUAUCUACUACACGAGGGUCAUUAAGGCUACAUGUCACCUGUACACCACCAGUCAAGAAUACUUUAAUACCUAAAAUACUGAUUAAUGUAAACUACCAGUGUAUAUACACUGAGAUAUACACCUCUCAGUGUAUAUACACUGAGAUAUACACCUUUCAGUGUAUAUACACUGAGAUAUACACCUUUCAGUGU